AUUCAAUCCUCUAGUAUUGUGCGAUGAUUUGAUCGGGGAGGUUGUAUUUUUGCGUUUGUUUUUGGUAAAAUUUGUGAAGUUUGAACGUUGGAAAAUUAAAAAAGAUGAGUGACUGCUUACUUUGUAGUUAUGUUGGUCUUUUCUUCAAAUACUACCUCAACAUAUGGCUGAUCGCGCUGGCCAUCUGGGUUGGGCUGGUGGUGGCCACCAAGGUGGGUUCCGAUGGCAGCAAGUUCAAGUAUUACGCCAAGUUUGGCAUGAUUUACUUCACGACGCAAGGACUGACGACACUAUGGACGCCGAUAUCGUUGCUGAGCCCACUCAAUAUCGUGCAUGCGAGAAUUAUCUCAACCAUAUCGUCGUACGCGACCACGCUGCUGCCGAUCACUUGGGAGCUGCGAAAUGCGCGGGUUCUGAAGAAGGCCAAAGGGGCGGUCGUUAUGGCCAAUCACCAGUCGUCGAUGGAUAUUUUGGGUCUCAUGAUGCUGUGGGACAUCCUGAAGGACGUAAUUUCGAUUGCCAAGAAGGAACUGCUCUACCUGAUCCCGUUCGGACCGGCCGGAUGGCUCGCCGGAAUCACCUACAUAAACCGUCAAAAUCGGACCUCGGCGAUGCGAACGCUGGACAAGUGCAAGCGCAAUAUGGUCGAGAAGGGCCACAAGAUGUACCUGUAUCCGGAGGGCACGAGGUUCCCGGAACGGGGCAUGUUGCCUUUUAAGAAGGGCGGAUUUCACACGGCGAUUCAGGCCGGGGUGCCGAUCAUUCCGGUUGUGUUUUCACACAUGUACUUUAUCGAUGCUAAGAAGUACAUGUUUAAGCCGGGUCACGUGAUUAUGUCGGUGCUGGAACCGAUUCCGACCAAGGGAGUUACGGCGGACGGGUUGGACGCGUUGAUUGAGAGGACUAGGAGUGCCAUGCUGGCUGAGUAUGAGAAGAUUUCGGCGGAAAUGGAUGACAAUUUGAGUAAUUCACAGUGGGUUAGCCAGAAUCGACCAAGAUUUACGAUUUUGGAAAACAAGAAGAGUGAUUAGAGAUUGAAGUUGCGACACAAUGCAAACGUGCCAUUGAAUUUAAAAUACUUGU